AUGGCGCAGACAUUGUAUCCCAGCAUGCAGCAGGAGGCCUUUGAGAGAACCAGCAGCUGGUAGUGAGUUGAAAGAGCACCGAGCAGGCAGCAGCCUACGGUCAACAUAGCCCACACGUUUCCUACUCCAUGUGAGAUAAACUGACCCAUCUACCUUACAUGCUACAGAAAAUAUGCUGUUCGGGUGCCCGAUGUGUUCCCGAAGCGGAUUUUGAGUCAAGAUUGUCACCCGGCUUUCAAUUUGGAGGAUUCCUCCCUCAAUCCUCCGGAUCGCACCGAAUAGGCAAUGACAACGGUCCCAGCAACCCCGCGGCAGAUGAGGGACCGGCUGCUGCAGGCCAUUGACAGUCAAAGCAAUAUAUGUAAUAUGGUGGCUGUUCUGGAAGUAAUAACCUGUCUAGAGAGGUAUCCUAUCACCAAAGAAGCACUUGAGGAAACUCGACUUGGGAAAUUAAUCAAUGAUGUUAGGAAGAAGACCAAGGAUGAAGACCUUGCAAAGCGUGCAAAGAAACUUUUGAGAAACUGGCAAAAGCUUAUUGAGCCUGGGCCGGUUGUAUCAGCUAUUGUUCCUGGGUCCACCAAUGGCAGUUCUCAUCCCUGCAGAACAGAUUCCUCUCAUUCUGACAUUUCUGUAUCAGUGAAAGGAGUCCCCGAAGUUAAAAUCAGAAACGAUGUACACAACACAUAUUCACCGAAAGCUGAGAAAUCAAGCGGCCGCAAGCGUCGGGCAGAGAACAGAGACAGUGGAGUCCAUUUACCAGAGAAAAUUGCUAAGAUGGCUUCAUAUGAUAAUUCUGUUUCACCACCACCUACCAAUGGGAUUGCUGCCAGUCCAAUUGCUGUGCCUGAUCAGGAGGUUGUUCCUUCUCCUGAAAGAUCUCGUAUAGACCACCUUGAUAAUGACAAAGUGAACAGAAUUCCAGUUAAUGCUGUCAAGCCUCGCCCUAGCUCCCCAGGAGUAGCCAAACAACCUAGCACUUCCUCUCUGAUCAAAGUUGCUGUGAUGCAGCAACAGGCAAGAUUGGAUGAAGGAGGGGGGACUUAUCAAGCCAAAAGUCCCCGCAGUGUCACUUCUAGUCCAAGAAGCCUGAAGCAAGAUACAGUAACCAAGCGCUCGUCUGCAUAUGCAGCAAAAGGAACACCAGUCCCAAGCCCCUCUUCCAGAGACUCUCCUUUGUCUGAUUCCCAACCACUGUCCUCCCCAGGCCAAGCAUCUUGUAUUGAAAAGCUUCCAAAGUGUUCACAAAAAUCCUUAAUGCACUCUGCAAGUUCAUCAGAAGUCCCUUUUCAUUGCCCACUUCAAGACUUAUCUGCAACACUGGAAUCCCCAUCUGUAUCACCCUCCCCUCUUCUCUCUCAACAGAACUCAGAAUUACAAAGAUCAAAAUUUGAGGCAGCAGUGACUGUAUCUGAUGAUGUAGAUGGGACAACCAUACUUAACUCUGAGCAUAAAAGGAGGAAGUAUAGAUCUAGAGAUUACUCUGUCAACAUAGAUGGCCAGAGAAUAGAUGACAUAACCAAGCCUGUACGGUUAAAAGAACGCAGACUAACGUUUGACCCGGUCACUGGUCAGAUUAAACCUCUAGUCCAUAAAGAAUCUUCGCAAACAGAGGAGUCCCCGAGUCCUGCAGAGUUUAGGCAGAGAACUGAAAGCACUGUACAAGCGCCUACUGACACAACCCCAACCCCAACCCCAACCCCAGGUCCCAGCCCUAACCCUUUCCUCAAGACAAAUUGGAAGGAGCUGUCUAGAAAUGAAAUCAUCCAAUCCUACUUGAACCUUCAGAGCAACAUGCUCAACUCCUCAGGGGUUCAAGCCCCUAGCGCACACUUUUUCAUGUCAGAAUAUCUGAAAAGGGAAGAACAGGAGAUCAAGGAGUUAAAGAAAACGCACGUUUUACAGACGGACAGUUCUAUUGGGGACUUACCAGGGGUCAGCCGGGAGUUGACAGGUGAUGACUUGGACAGGAUACACACCAAGCACUGGGCGGGAGUGAAUGGAUGUUACGAUACCAAGGGUACCUGGUAUGAUUGGACAGAGUGCAUAUCACUGGACCCUCAUGGGGACGAAAGCAAACUGAAUAUCCUGCCAUAUGUUUGCCUUGACUGAAGGGUUUGGGAAGAUUGCAGUCUCUUUUCCACUCCUUUUUUUGUCUUUUCUCACAGAAACAGGAUACUUUGUGAUUUUGUUUGUCCACAGUGAGUUUGGCAAGACCCAGGCCUGCUAAACUCCCUUCCUCAUACCUCUUUCUGUGAUAAUCUGUUAAGAUUUUGGUAUUAAAAGCAUAAUGAUUAAAAUAAUAGUUGAGUUUGUAACACCAAGGGCUGUUUCUGUUCUAUUUUUCAAACUGAAAUCCACAGGAAUUAUGAUGCCCAUGUUGCAAAUAUCUGCUAUCAGUUUAGGCAAAAAAACAAAAAACAAAUGGACGCUCAUUACUCAACCUAGAAUGUUAUUGGAAUGUGAAUUUUUCAUUUUACCCUUAUUUCAGGCACACUGAGUUGAUUUUGUUAAUUUCCUUUGUUUCUGUUAAGGAGUUGGAAGUGCGGGUUAAGUUGGAGGGAGGGUUGGGUUUUAGCUGUCCUCAUCCAGAUCCCCACUUUGAUGUCCAGAAGGGUGUUCAUAAAGUUCAACUAGUACGAUCAGAAAUGUCCAGAAUAUGAAAUGCUGGAACAUAUCUGGCAUUUAUAAGAGGCUUUAUGUGAAAGUAAAUUACAUUUAGAGUAAAUUAUAAAUUUCUUAUCAUGUGUGCAUAUAUUUAUUUUUGGACAGUUCAUUUUCAUCAAAACAGCUUUUGAAAAUAUACUCUAGACAAUGUUUUUUUUCUGUUUAGAAUAGGAUGUUAUGAGCUUCAUCUUCAACACUAGGGGGAAGGGCAGCAAGUCAUUGCUUGGUCUUUCUGUGAUAAUGGCCUAAUAAUUUUGGUAAAUAACAUUCCAAAGUCCACCUUUCACCUAUUUCACACUUGGUUUCAUCAGAGCUCCUAUAGGUUCAUGCUGUCAAAAGCGGCAGUUCAUUCUUAAAACUGCCUUGGUAUCAAAAAGUUCCAUACAAGUAGUGUGAUGUAAAUUUAAAAUAAAACAACAUACAUCAUUAUCUCCUAAAAUGCAGUGGCAAAUCAAGCAGUUUUGAUUUAGUGUAUUUGAUCAACUGAAGCAAGGAUAUGUUUGAAUGCUGGAACUCGCUUGUUCUGUUCCCUUUGAUACUGUUUGCCUUCUGAAAUUCGAGUUUGACAGCCUUAGCGGAUGCCUAGCAUUAAGAACUCUACUGCAGUUGUACAUAAGUUAUAAUUUUGUCACUCAUUUCAUCACUGACUUAAUUCAAACUUGAGAAGUAUCUGAUGCUCCCUCAAAUUGCCCAAGUUAUGAGCCCAUGUUUUUUUCAGAAUUUUGGAUGUGUUAAUACAGUAGCAUUAUUUUGCUUCCAUUUUUAAAUUUAGUGAACGUAAAAGGGAGAAACGAAAACUGUGAGAAUCAGAUUUUCUGUGUCAUGAGCUUUUGAUGCUUCAAUUUGAUUUUCAUAUGCAACAGAUUUUACCACUUUUCUCACUAUUUAAAUCAAGCUAGGCCACUGUGCUGCAUCCCUGACCAUUCGUUCUUUCAUUCAUCCCCACCAAUGUGCCUUGGUAAAAUGUAAAUCUUCCGCAUUAAACAUGCCUGCCUGGAGCUUGGUUUAUGUGCGAGAAAUACAAAUCUCCUGAUAAAUAUGAUGCUGGUUUAUGCACCGUUUUCUGUUACAGUUUUGUACCCAGUGAUCUAGGGAAGGUGACGUUGCAGAUGAUGGUAAACUGCACAACCACACAGCUGGCAAUAAAAUAUAAAUGCUACAACUGGUUAAUCUGUUUGUUUAUUCCUGGAGCUUUUGCUGGA